UCGUCUGGGGCUCUGCAGACUUCACAAUCCAAAUAUGUAAAAGUCUGGGAGGGAAAUUUAUCUGGUCAAAGACAAGGGCAGCCUGUUCUUAUCACCAGACUUGAGGGUUACCGAAGUGCUUCUGCCUCUGAUACGUUGGCAGCAAAUUGGCCACCAACGAUGCAGAUUGUUCGUCUCAUAUCCCAGGAUCAUAUGAAUAACAAGCAAUAUGUUGGCAAAGCUGACUUCCUUGUGUUUCGGGCCAUGAGUCAACAUGGGUUCUUAGGACAACUUCAGGAUAAGAAGCUUGUGAGUAUUGUUCAAAAUUUAUCACAAAUGUUGAACUGCAUCUGUAAACUUUUUCUGCAUGAACUAUCAAAUCUCUUGCUAUGUUCACCAUACUCUUUACGACUCCUACACUUGUUGAUUGCCUAAUCGUGUGCCAUAUUAUUUUCAUCUUCGUACUUACCUCUUGUGGAAU